CCAUUAUCAAUAUCGGUGAGGAAGCAGGAAGAAACCGAGGUUGCUGCUAACAACAACUGUUUCCCCUUUUUCCAGAUGAGAGGGGAGAUAGGGAAGCAGGGCAGCAGGAGACUGCACGGCCUCAGCAGGCUGCUUUACUGGGCAGCUAGCAGGCUGAGACGCAUGGCAGAGACGUGUUAUGAGUGCCAUUUCGGCAGGUGUUUCGAGCAACGAAGACGGACAAGUUCCUCUCCGAAGCCCUUGUGCAGCCGUGCGUAAGGCACAGACCCGGGGGGCUCACCCUGCCGAGCACUCGUGCAACGAUUUCUUCUCACAGACGUUGUUUCAGAGGCUGUUGCUUUAGAAGCACUGUGACUGCGCUGGAAUGAGAAAAGGGAAACGUAGCCACCAACUACAGAUAGAGACGAAAGAAAAAGCCAGUUUGCCAAAAGAUUCAGUACAUCUUUCCAAUGGAAAAAACAUUCAGACCAGUGGAGAUCUCUUCUAAGAAUAGCCAAACGUGGACCUGCACAUGGAAAGCCUUACAGCGGAAAUGGAAAGACUAAAACCUACCAGGGAGCGACGGAGCGUCGGACGCGGCGCGGCAGGCUCUGUUGCAAAAUGUGAAAAUGAAGGGGAAGUUCUACAGAUACCAUUUAUCACAGACAACCCUUGUAUAAUGUGCGUUUGCCUGAAUAAGGAAGUGACAUGCAAAAGAGAGAAGUGCCCAGUGCUUUCCAAGGACUGUGCUCUCGUCAUUAAGCAGAGAGGAGCUUGCUGUGAGCGCUGCAAAGAUUGCAGUUUUGGGGGAAUUACAUACAACAGCUCGAUGAAAUGGCACUUCCCGACCAAUCCCUGUAUUACAUAUCAGUGCCAGGAGGGAGUGAUAAUAGAGUCGGAGGUACAGUGUGUUGUCCAUUGCAAAAACCCUUCCAAGCUCAUAGGAAUGUGUUGCCCUGUGUGUCCAGGUUGUAUAUUUGAAGGGAGACAUUACAAUGAAGGAGAAGAAUUUCGGCCUGAAGGAAACAAAUGCACCAAGUGCUCUUGUAUUGGAGGCAGAACACAGUGCAUCCGAGAAGUCUGCCCCAUUCUCUCCUGUCCCCAGCAUCUCAGUCACAUGCCUGCUGGACAGUGUUGCCCCAAAUGUUUAGGACAGAGGAAAGUGUUUGACCUCCCAUUUGGAAGCUGCCUCUUUCAUAGCAACGUGUAUGAUAAUGGGUCCUCAUUUAUUUAUGACAACUGCACAAUGUGUACAUGCAAGGAUUCAACAGUGAUAUGUAAGAAGAGAUGCUUACUACCUGGAGAAUGCAAUAAAAACAAAGACCAGUGCUGCAAGGAAUGUGUAUCAUAUAUCUCUCCUGAGGAAGUGAAAGUGUGCAAGUUCGGCAAUAAGAUCUUCCAGGUAGCGUUUCAGGAUGGAGAGAUGUGGUCCUCUGUUAACUGCACCAUCUGUGCUUGUGUGAAAGGCAAGACGGAAUGUCGCAAGAAACAGUGUGUUCCAGUCAACAGCUGUCCUAAUGGUAAAAUCCUGAACAGAAAAGGAUGCUGUCCUAUUUGCACUGAAAAGCCUGGAGUUUGCACUGUAUUUGGAGACCCUCACUACAACACUUUUGAUGGACGGACAUUUAACUUUCAGGGAACAUGUCAGUACGUUUUGACGAAAGACUGCUCCUCCUCUGCCUCGCCCUUCCAGGUGCUGGUAAAAAACGAUGCCCGUCGGACCCGUUCUUUCUCCUGGACAAAAUCUGUGGACCUUGUGCUGGGCAGAAGCACUAUCAGCCUCCAGCAGCACCUCACAGUGAAGUGGAAUGGGACCCGCAUCUCACUACCUUGCGAGACACCACAAUUUCAGAUCGAUUUGGAUGGUUAUUUGCUGAAAGUCACAACGAAAGCAGGCUUGGAAAUCUCAUGGGAUGGAGACAGUUUUGUGGAAGUCAUGGCUGCACCACAUCUGAAGGGCAAACUCUGCGGUCUCUGCGGCAAUUACAACGGGCACAAGCGAGAUGACCUGAUUGGGGGGGAUGGGAAUUUUAAGUUCGAUGUGGACGACUUUGCCGAGUCCUGGCGCGUGGAGUCAAAUGAGUUCUGCAGUCGCCCGCAGAGGAAACCUGUGCCCGAGCUCUGCCAUGGGACAGUGAGGGUGAAACUCCGGGCCCACCGAGAGUGCCAGAAACUCAAAGCCUGGGAGUUUCAGAGCUGUCACUCGACGGUGGACUAUACCACGUUUUAUCGGUCCUGCGUGACAGACAUGUGUGAAUGUCCCGUUCAUAAAAACUGCUACUGUGAGUCAUUCCUGGCCUAUGCCCGAGCCUGUCAGAGGGAAGGCUUGAAAGUCCAGUGGAUCCCUGAGCAGAACUGUGCAGCAACUCAGUGUAAACACGGUGCAGUUUACGAUACGUGUGGUCCUGGAUGCGUCAAAACAUGUGACAACUGGAAUGAGAUUGGCCCAUGCAACAAGCCUUGCAUUGCAGGGUGCCACUGUCCAGCAAAUUUAGUUCUUCACAAAGGAAGAUGCAUCAAGCCAGUCCUAUGUCCACAGCGAUGACAUUAGUUCUCUCUCCACGGACACUAACGUGGGCGUCACUGAUGCCUUUGAAGCUCACAGCCGGUGAAGGACUGCAGCUGUUUGUUUGUGUACAGAUUCGGCAAAGUACACGACUACUCAGAGUGUAAAUAUGCUCCUGUGUUUUUUAUGUAUGUUUAGGUAUGCACACACGAGCAUCUAUAAAGAUGCAUAAAUGUAUCCUGUGUGUAUGUAGAUAUACAUAUCUAUACACAAGUGCCCUGAACGUAAGUACAACCCAUAUAUUUAAAUAUGUAUGUACACACACACCCAAAUAUACAUCAUUUCUAUAUAUCAUAGAAGGAUGAAUUAUUAUAUGUAUAUUUUUUGCUAUAAAGUUUAUGUAUUAAUAUUUCUAGGAUGCUAAUCUGUAAGUCAUGUGAGUCAUUGUAAAAAUAAACCAGGUGUUUUUAAUAUAAUGUAGUGGCAUGAAAAGAUUGGAUGACUUUGCCAUUGCAUAAGUUUGUCGUUUCCAAGGAAACUUUUCUAGGGCCAUAGCAUUGCCAGACUGGAUUAGUUUCAGCACAGAACCUGGAUUUACAGUUGUACAGGAAACACAUUUCUCUGGAGAUGGAGGAUUUAUCUAGGAGUAUUUCAUGUGUACCUCAGAGCUGCGUAGUGAUUGGUGACAGUGCUUAAUCAUGCAGAGAAAGCUAGGGAUCAGCUUUUAUGCUUUACUGAAAUUACUGUGCAAAAGGAUUUCCAAAGCUGAUUGGCCAGCUGCCAGCCUAGAGAUAUUUCUUUCUGUAACAGCACCAAAGAGUCAGGGGGCAGAUUUUCAGUAGUGCUGGGGCACCCAGCAGCUUGCUUUGAAAAUGUGACCGCUUCCCAUUUCAUAUCCUAAUACUCCUUCUAUGCUGUUGUGUUUGGCAGUAGCUGUGAAUACACAAUAAGGAGCAUGAAGAAAAUAUUCAUGUACGUUUUUGCCCCUUUAACAUGUUCUAAACUGCUGGGUUUGUUUCAUAUUUCCCCAAAACGUUAUGCAGAAAGCAAAUCCCACUGUGAACUGGAGUUUUUGAUUUCAGUGCGCCUUAAAACAUGAAAUAAUGCUGGGUUUAGUAACUCAUUUAAUUUAUCGGCAUGGUUAAGAAGAAAGACAAACUCUCCCUUUCAGAAAAACAGCAGAGAAUGUCAAAUGCUAACCGGAGAACUGCAAUUUAUUUCCUUAUUGGUCUUUUGCUUGAGGUUUACGAACAUGUGGGCUCUGUGAAGUUUGCUUGACUUUUGAAGUCUCCCAGGGGAGAAGCAAUAAUAUGGGAUUUCAUUAGAAACUGUUAAAAAAGCCAUACAACUUUCUCAAGCCUGGGGGGGGGGGGGGGGGGGGGAUAUUUUUCUUCCACUGGAAAACCUCGUGUAGAGCCUGAUGGAAUGUUCUCUGGAGAUGAUAAAAAUCUUUGGGCAUCUGAUUUGGGUUUAUAGUGAAGUAAUAUCCUCCCACAUAGCUACUUCCAUUAUGCCUUGCAUUGAAAUUGCACAUUGUAACGCUUUGAACAAUUUUCUUCCUUAAUUCCUCACUCUCCGGGAAGCUUCACAAAGUCUGAGUUUGCAGUGAGUGAGUGAGUGCGACACACUUGGCUUACACAACCUGUCUGUGAGCCUCUCAUAGGAGAAGAUGUUGAGAAAGCGUGGUUAGCUUAGGCCCUCCACUCUCCAAAAUGCUGUACCACCACAGCAUUAAAAAGAGCUGGGUAAAUAAUGCCAGGAGCGUUCCACGGAUGUUUGUCCAAAUCUUAAAUAAAUUCAGCUUGAUCUUUU